GCACCAUUGUCUGUGGUCAAUGUUAUGCCAUGAAUCGUGAUGUGAUUCUGUCUACGGAUCAAUCAUGAUCUAAAAAAUAAAAAAAUAAACAAUAUUUUAAGACCCUGGAUAUAGGAAAGUCCAUUUUAUCAGCGAUUUAUAAAUGUUUUAUCGUUUAGUAAGACAAAUAAGUGUUGAUACCAAGAUUGGAAUGACAUCUUUGCAGUUAUACAAAUAUUUAUUACGGCAGUGUGAGAAAUUGCCACCGGAUGCUUGUAAACAUUAUAAAUUCGCUAUUAAACAGAGCUAUAAACAGCAUAAAUCUGAAUCAGAUCCAGAGAGAGUGAAAGAAAUAAUACACAAAAGCAUUUGCGAUGCUAAGUGGAUUGUGAAUAAGUAUUUGAAAAAAUAAUGGAAAGAGCAAACAAAGUGUACUUGAAAAGAGUAUUUAAAAGAUAUUUCAUUUAUUAUAAGCAAAUAUUAUAAUCAAAAAAUGUUUGGUGAAAAAAUAGAAGACUAUGAAAUAUUAGAACAUCUAGGAAAAGGUGGAUUUGCUCAUGUGUAUCGAGCGAGAUGUCGGAAGACAAGUUUAUUUGUUGCUAUCAAAAUGAUAGACAAAGCUUUGAUGGCCAAUGCAGGCAUGAUAGGCAGAGUGCGACAAGAGGUCACCAUUCACUCACGCUUGAAACAUCCCGCUAUAUUAGAAUUAUAUACCUUCUUUGAAGAUGCACAUUAUGUAUAUUUAGUGCUUGAAUUAGCACACAACGGUGAACUAGCUAAGCACUUUAAAUUAGGUACAUGUGGCCUUUCUGAGAAGGCUGCUGCUGACAUUUUUAGACAAGUAUUUAGUGGAGUUUUAUACCUUCAUACCCAUAACAUCAUACACAGAGAUCUUUCACUAAACAAUUUGUUACUGACCAAGGAUCUAAAUGUUAAAAUAGCAGACUUUGGUUUAGCAACACAGCUAAAUGGGCCUGAUGAGAAACAUGUUACUAUGUGUGGCACUCCUAACUACAUAUCACCCGAGGUAGCAUCCAGAGAAUUGCAUGGCUUGCCUGCAGAUGUUUGGGGAUUGGGUUGUAUGUUAUACACAUUGUUAGUAGGUAGUCCUCCCUUCCACACAAAACAUGUUAAAACUACCCUCAAUAAAGUAAUUAAUGCAGAUUACAAAAUACCAGGUGAAUUGUCUGUACAAGCCCAGGAUUUAUUACAAAAACUUUUAUGUAAAGAUCCAUCUACAAGAAUUACACUCAAGGGUAUUUUGGAACAUCCCUUCCUGAAUAAUUGUUUUACAAAUAAUCCAAAACAGGACUUCUCUCGAGACUCUGGAUUUCUGACUACUCUGCAUAGCACACAACACAGCCAAAAGCCAAGAAUAGAUGAAAAAAGUGACACUCAGAGUGCUUUAUUUAUAGAUCUUAAUCAUUUAAACAAGGGGACUGCUGCAUCCAGUAAAUGUUAUGAACAGAACACCUAUAAUUUAUUCAACCUUAGACAACAGAAUGAUUAUGUACAUACUGGAAAUGAACAUCUCAAACUGUUUGAUAAUAAUCAAAACAAAAUGCACAUGGUAGCUCACAAACAAGAUAAUCCUUGUGACAGUGCUUGUCUUCCUGAGAACAUAAAAAUUUUGAGUACAACAAAAAAGAAUUGUAAUAUUCCUAAUUUAUCUGAAGAUAAAGAAAACUUAUCAAAAGCAUGUAUAACAACUUCAAAUUCGUUGAGUGUACCACCUCUUUGUGCUGAGAGAUUGCCUACUAUAUCUCAUAGAACAAGAAAUGCCAUUUUGAAAAUUGAACCAUGUGGGGUUAUUGUAGAGUUUAUCAAGAGGAAAGGUAAAGACAGAGAAGAAAAAAUUGUAGAAAUUUGUAAAAUCUCCAAAGAUGGUAUGAAAAUUAUCAUACAUUCAGUAGAUAAGGAAAAGGAUAAAGUGUUAGGUGUGGAGUACAAUCCUAAACCUGAAGAAAUUUUUUCUUACCAUAAUUUACCACAAAAGCAUUGGAAAAAAUACCUUUAUGCUGCAAGGUUUGUAGACCUUGUGAAAGCGAAGACACCAAAAAUUACUAUUUACACUUCACUAGCCAAAUGCCAACUUAUGGAAAAUGGCACAGACAUUGAAAUGUUCUUUUAUAAUGGUGAAAAAAUUACUUCCACUGCAGCGGAAGGGUUAAAAGUCAUUGAUAAGUCUCUUAAAAUUCAUCAAAAUCCUGGUUCAUUGGUUCCAGAUUUGAAAUACUUGACUGAUCAUUUUGAAGAGUGUUCCAAUCGUUUAAACAGGAUACAAAAUGCACUUUCAUGUAUUUCUGAUGAAUGUUUUCCCUUGAUUAUUGGUAAAAGACCCAUCCAAACUGCCAGCAAUGUAAUACCACAAAAUGUAGCCACACCAUCUGUGCAGGGAUUUGCUGAGAGAAAUUUCAAUACACCGCUUUUUAAUAAUUUAGGAUCAUUUCAUCGUACAACUACUUGUUCUAGUCGUUCUCCAAGUGAAAACAAUGGACAUUACUAAUAUAAGAAUUAUUUUUAGUUUUAAUUAUUAUGAGUACAUAAUAGUAGUGCCUUUUUGAUUUAUUAUAGUUAUGAAUUUACAAAUAAUUUUUAGCUGUCAAAUUUAUUUUUCUGUAUUAUACUUAUUAGUUACAAUAAUGUACAUUACAAUCUGAGUAGGUAGGUACAGUACUACCAGAUUAUAAGCCGCAUCGGUAUAAUGCGUUUGGGCUGAAAAGCUCAAUCUAACGUCAACUAAAACCGAAUGUACACCCAUGAAAUAAAGACCUUAUUGCUUGACAUUAAGACUUAACAAAAGAAACAAAGAAUCAUGCUCUUAUGAUUCGCGCGUGCAAAACAUGGCGCAUGCGCAACAACGGACCCAAGACUGACGCGUGCUAUGAUUGGCUGAGAUAUUUUCGCGUCAUUCAAAAAAAUUUAAAUACGAUUUCUGCGCCGGUACGUCAGCGUAAAGGUAAUUAUAUGGUAGUACUGUAAUAGAUGAAGACAUUUUCAUGUUUAAAAUGUUAAAUACGACAUAAUAUCCGGCAUGUGUUGCAAUGCGACUCGCUUGCCACCUAUUGUACGUUGAUGAUACUAUGUCAGAA